UUCAAUUACGAAUGAGAAAUAUUAACAGUUGUUAUUUUGGUAUAAGGCAGUCUGAAUAUGGAAAGACUUACAGAGACAACUCGCUUCCACAUUGCAACAGCACCUGUCCAGUGUUUGACCUGAAAUACGUCGUGGACACACUCCUACAGCAACAGAGAGAACUCUGCACCUAUCAGUGUUUAAACAAUGGCUCUGACGAUAUGGUUGAGGCACUAAAAGUCCAAAUAGAAGCCAUCCUCCCUCUCCUGUUCCACCCCCCUUUAAACUUCAACAACAGGAAAUACGUCAUCUCCAAGUUUCCUUACCAAAGUUCUGAAGAAGCCAUGACAUACUGCACAGCUUUUGGCGGCUACCUGGCAGAAGUCAAUGACAUCGACGAGUACACGGCCUUGCAAAAUUUUGUUCUAAAUACACCGGCAGUAGACAUUGUGCUCAUCGCUGGGUCUGACGCCAUAACAGAAGGAACCUGGAGGUUUCAGAGAACUGGUGGGCCAGUACCAAUUUUAGAUUGGAUUCCAGGACAGCCUGAUAAUUUGGGAGAGGAAGAUUGCUUGAAUUUAUGGAAACAAUAUGGCGGUAAGAUGAAUGACCUGCCGUGUGGUUUCAGGAGUUCUCAAGACAGGUUUAUGUGUGAGCUACUUAAUUUGUACUAAGGGAUCGUCCAAAGUAUGUAGUGAAUAAAUCAACAUCACUUUGACUUUCAACUGCCCCUUAGUCUGAUGACCUGUUGAGGCACCACACUAGAUCUGUCAACCAUCUUUCUCCAUUCAUCUUUGCCAUUUGACUUGGAUAAAAUGUAUUCAAUGAUAGGAAUGUUCUUUCUUUAAUGUUGUCUUUCCAUCACUUUCUCUUUUUGUUUUUAUUCCUGGUACUGUUCCCUGAAGGAAGGUCUUUGCGAGUCCUGAGGACGUGUGAUAUCAACAUGCUUUUUAUGUAAAUUUGUUUCUUUUUGACGUUUUUUCAUCUGAAGCAUAUGGUACUUAUUUGAAGUAGGUACAAGUAUAUAACAAUUUUAAAUACAAUCUGUAAACCAAAUAAAGUCUCUUAAGUAAAAAGUUA